CAACUCCCCAGGUCGAGCAAGGCCAGCAGAUCUGCCCCAAAACACCCCACCGCCGCCGCGACCGCGAGCACCUCCGAUCGAGCCCGCGCCAUGGAGGACGUCAUCACCGACGUGCCGCCGCCGUCCCGCUUCUCCCCGGACGACCUCGACAACUUCGCCGCUCCGCCAGCGCAGCCCACCCCCAUCCUCGUCGUUUCCCCCAACCCUAGCCCACCGACCCCGCGCCUCCUCAUCGUCUUCAUCUCCCCCACCUCCCUCGCGCUCCUCGCCUCCCCGCCGCCGCUCCACGCGUCCCUCCUCCUCCCGGACCUGCCCCUGCACCCGCACUCGCACGCGCCCAUCCGCGUGUACCUCCACCCCUCCGGCGCGCUCCUCGCCGCCGCGCACGGCGCCGUCCCCGCCCACCGCGCGCGCGCCGCCGCGAAGGCCCUCGUCUCGAGGCUCCAGCCUGAGGAGGUGCUGGUCCUGGACGCGGUCCGGAGCGGGUCGUACCGGGGCCGCCUCGCCGCGGACGAGCCCGUGGAGGGGAAGCUGGAGACCCGCGCGGCGCGCGCGCGCGGAGGCGUGGGCGCGGCCAGGGCCGUCGCGGCGCUGGCCCCGCCUGGCAGCGUGGUGGACGGGCUCGGCGCCGCCGUGCUCGCGGAGUGCGAGAUCCGGGGUAAGGCGGCCAGCAUGGUGGUGACGUGGCCCGCGGGCGCCAGGCCUGCGGAGUUCGUGGUCACGCGGCGCGUGGCAGAGGAGAUCGGCGUCGACACCGGCAAGGCUGCGGCGAGGGUCUCCGGCCGGCCAGAGCUGGAUGCGUUGUACACUUGAGAUUUCUCUGUUACUGCUUCUGAUUUCGUUGCCUGUUGUCUGACGAGUGACGAGUGAGAGCUGGGUUUGAGACAAUUUGGGGAGAAAUCUGAGAUCUGUCAAAAGAGUUGGUUUCGUGUUUGGCGUGAUUUGAAUAUGAAUUCUCGAUGCCGAUGAACAAAUUCUGAUCUCAGUUGUGUCAUCACUGAGCUUCUGUAGUGAUCACUGAAGUGGCCUUGCCUUUGCUGCUGCAGCAUGCGAA